AUGUCGACGCAGCACCCAAACCUGCGCCUAAAAUUGAUCGAGUGUGUGGAGUUGGAGCCCUGCAUAUGGAAUACUAAAUCGGAUGACUUCAAAAGGAAAGACUAUAAAGAUGAUGCAUGGAAUCGCAUCGUGAAAGAAAUGCAAUGUUAUGGUUUCACGCUCGACUUGGAUACUGCAGCUAGGAUUUGGAAGAACUUGAAAGACACUUACAAGCGGAGAAAAAACCCAUCGACUGGGUCGGCAUCUACUCGAGACUGGAUUUACCAAGAAGCCAUGUCUUUUUUGGAUACUGCGGAUUAUACUGGGUACGUAGCAGCAACAUUAGCAACACCGUCACAGCGAAGUUUAAUCACAUCACUUUCUCAGCGAUUUCUCAGCGAUCAUUUCAGCCCCACAAUCUCCAACGUGGACGAAAGGGGCAUCCUCUCAGCUCCAUUGCUAGACGACCCCCCCCGCGAGUUUGGAUGUGGAGAUGCGCCCAGAGCGCGUCUCCUCGGCAGGAUCUGA